AUGUGGGGUGGUGGUUUCAAUCCUUAUGGAAGUUCAGAAAUGCAAUCUGAUAGAUGGAUUCAAGGCCAUAUUCCCGGUGGAUUAAACAGUCCCAUGGGUGAAUAUCUUGAUAAUAGAAUGGGUGGAAAUCCAAAUCCAACAUGGGGUCAAGUAUAUGGAGGUUAUCCUGGUGUUGGUGGUUAUGGUGGUGGAUAUGGUUAUUCAUACGGAUGGUAA